AUGCUAUUCAAUAAUCCAAAUUUUUAAGAAGUUAACAUAACAAGUGAUAGCAAUCCAAGACCUUCAAUUUAAGAAAUUGUUGAUAAAUAUUCAUUUAGGUAAUCGGAGAAGAAAACAGAUGAUAAAGAGAGAAUCACAUUUGGUUAAUCUUAUAAAAUGUAAAGAAAAACAGAAAAUGAGAAAGAUGAAAAACUAGUAAUUAAUGAAUAGAAUUUAUCUAAUGUUCUCAGCGAUUUUUCCAUUAUUAGUGAUGAUCCAUCAGUUUUUAUUGGCAUCACCAAUCUUAAGGACAAAGUCUUAAACCUCAUUCAAAAUAAUAGAGAAAGUGUGAGCUAAAACGAGAAGAAAAUACAAGAAGAAGUUUCAUAAAUUGCCCUUGAAUAUUCAAUGUAUUCUUAAAUAGGAAAAUCAAAGCAUGAACCAGAAUUAUAACAAAUGUGUGCAUUAGUUGAGGAUUUUCUUUACUAGUUCAAAAAGUCAAAAAAUUUAGAGUUAUCUGUCAUCCAAAAUUUCUAAUCUGAUGAUUCAUUUUAUUAGAUAAAGCAAAAUGAUAUUGAAAAAUUGAAUACUAAAUUGAAUACUUUGAAAGAUGUGCUUAGUUAUCAAUUAACUGUACUAAAAUUGCCCGAAACUAAGUAAAUCUUAUAGAAAACAAUAGACAACUUAAAUGAGAUCAUUAAUGCCAAUGAUAUCUCUACAGUUAAAACUGUUAUUUACAAAAUUGAGUAGAAGAUUGAAUAAAUCAAGGUUAAUGAGUAUGCCCUACUGGAGUUAUACGAUUAUAUUAAUAAGGCUGUUAAGGUUUCAAGAGCAAAACUCACAGACUAGGAUAGAUUAUAGAUUUCUAAAAUAUAUUAAGCCAUUUAAAAAUUUGGCUACUAAAAUACUUAUCAAUAAGCUUUAGUAUUGUAUGAAUAGUAUCUAUAAUUACCAACAAAGCCUAAUAUUGAUUAAUAUAUCAAUAAAAUUUAAUAAUAAUUAUUAUGA